UCGGUGGAAUGUACCACUAUGGUCUUCGCAUCAGAAAAAGGAGGGGUGCACAGACGACAUAUGGAGAGUUUAUAUGUACCCAGGUUUGUUCAAACCUCCCCGCAGCUCUGGAGGAGAUUGAACCGGUCCCGUCCGUUUAAACCGAGAAGACACCCAUACCGACUCCUCAAUGCAAAAAAAAAUAAAAGGGUGCCAAGAAGCUGGGACGAGGGAACGUGGGUGUAAAUAGACAGUGAACGCAUCUUGGUCUCUCUCUCUCUCUCUCUCUCUCUCUCCCUCUCUCCCUCCCCCUUUCUCUCUCUCUCUGUGUCUCUCUUUUAUGAAAUCAAUGAACGAGUUAUUGGGUAGGACAUAAAUAUAAGGAAUCAAAGCCUCCACCGGGACCAACACGGCAUUGCUCCGCUUUUUGAUAUGCGUCUUCGCCCAAAUGCUACAUGUGUUUUCACAUCAGUGUAAAUAUUGGCUUUGAUAGGACGAGAGUGGAAUCGGCUCUGGCACGGCUUCUUCUUGGUCUUCUUGGAACCACAUUUUUUUUUUGACCAAGACUUCCAGCAGCUUCUUUUUUUUUUUGUAAAAACGAUUCUCCCACCAUCAUCAACCAUCUGCUUGUUUUGCGCACCCACAUCCACAAACUCACUGGUUGGUCCGAGAAGAUGGCAACUUUAACCAACGGGCAGGUGGACGGCACGGUGCUGCACGGUGUCGGUGUCGGUGUGGUCUCCGCCAACACCAACGGGCUCGUGAACGGAUUAAGCCACAGCCACAGCCCGGUGGUGGGCUGCCCGGCCACCAUCCCCAUGAAGGACCACGAUGCCAUCAAACUCUUCAUCGGUCAGAUCCCACGCAACCUGGACGAGAAGGACCUCCGGCCACUCUUCGAGGAGUUCGGCAAGAUCUACGAGCUCACUGUGCUGAAGGACCGCUUCACGGGCAUGCACAAAGGCUGUGCCUUCCUCACCUACUGUGCCAGAGAGUCGGCCCUGAAAGCCCAGAAUGCAUUGCACGAGCAGAAGACCCUGCCAGGGAUGAACAGACCAAUCCAGGUGAAGCCAGCAGACAGCGAGAGUCGAGGAGAAGACAGAAAGCUCUUUGUGGGUAUGCUCAACAAGCAACAGUCAGAAGAUGACGUGCGGCGCCUUUUCGAGUCCUUCGGCAGCAUCGAGGAAUGCACCAUCCUCAGAGGUCCCGACGGAAACAGCAAAGGCUGUGCAUUUGUAAAAUACUCCUCUCAUGCUGAAGCUCAGGCAGCCAUCAGUGCACUACACGGCAGCCAGACAAUGCCUGGCGCCUCAUCCAGUCUGGUGGUGAAGUUCGCCGACACGGAUAAAGAGCGCACCAUCCGCCGCAUGCAGCAGAUGGCUGGUCAGAUGGGCAUCUUCAACCCGAUGGCCCUGCAGUUUGGAGCCUACGGAGCCUACGCUCAGGUGCAGCAGCAGGCGGCAUUGAUGGCGUCUGUAGGCCAGGGAGGCUACCUCAGUCCAAUGGCAGCCUUUGCUGCUGCCCAGAUGCAGCACAUGGCCACCAUCAACGGCAUCCCUGGAGCACCGCUGACCCCAACGUCAGGUGGCAGUACUCCUCCAGGCAUCAGCGCCCCCACAGUGACCAGCAUCCCCUCCCCCAUUAGUGUAAAUGGUUUUACUGGCAUGCCGCCCCCCCAGGCAAACGGUCAGCCUCCUGCAGAGGCUGUCUUCACCAACGGAAUACACCAUUACCCUGUGUUGCAGGAGGUGGUUUUUAGGGAGGACUCGGAGAAAAACGGCUUGGGCGUGGCUCCGCGGAGUUGUUUUGGGGUUCAGGGUGGCUGCUUCCUCUCCUCUCUCUCUGAAGAUCUUUUCUAUACAUUCACAACAAAAGCUCAAAGUCCCACUGCAGCUGAUCCUCUCCAGCAGGCUUACACAGGAGUCCAGCAGUAUGCAGCAGCCUACCCCGCUGCAUACGGCCAGAUCAGCCAAGCCUUCCCCCACCCUCCACCCAUCAUUCCACAGCAACAACGAGAAGGACCGGAGGGUUGCAACCUGUUCAUCUACCACCUCCCUCAGGAGUUUGGGGAUGGAGAGCUGAUGCAGAUGUUCCUGCCUUUCGGUAAUGUCAUCUCCUCCAAAGUGUUUGUGGAUCGGGCGACAAACCAAAGUAAAUGCUUUGGAUUUGUGAGCUUCGACAACCCAGGUAGUGCCCAAGCUGCCAUCCAAUCAAUGAACGGCUUCCAGAUCGGCAUGAAAAGACUCAAGGUGCAGCUCAAGAGGCCGAAGGACGCCAACCGCCCCUACUAGCCCCCCGCCCCAGCCAGCCGCCGCCACCCUGGCGGCCGGGGCAGCCGUCGCACACAGGGAAAGACAGAUUUUGUUGAGCUGAAUCAUAUGUUGACUUCUUGCUGCCCGCCACUGAGUGCAAACUCAACAUCUGGACCACUGAGGCUGCUUCAGAAACAGAGGAGAGAGAGAGAGAGAGCGAUGACCGAGUCAAGGACACCUCCUUUUGGAUGUACUAAAACUUUGGAACUCAGAGAGAAUUUGUACCAGCCUGGUUAGCCCCAGGACCUUUUUUUCUUCUGCACACAUAUACACACCUCUUUCCCCCCACAAAAAACCCUGCUUGAAUGACAGCUACCUUUUUCUGGACCACAAAAACUUUUACUUGAACACUGAGAAAAAAAAAGUAAAAGAAACUCUAUCAAACCUACUUACAAUGACCAACCCCACUGAACUCUUAAAGGGAAUAUGGAUGUCAAAAGUCCAACAAGAACAAAAAACUUUUUAAAAACUGAAUAGAAGAUUGCCGUAGGAGAUCUUUCUGUAAGAUGGUUUGAGUUUGGGGCAAUUGACUUUUGAAGACCAAUUUAUAAGACUUGAAACAAGAAGGGACAAGAAAUUCUCGGAGAGAGAACUUACGUAGGGAAUGUGAUAUUUUCAGGACACAAAUUGGCUUCGAUUUGGGAUGGCCAUCUUUAGCUCGGAGUGCCUGUCCGUUUCCAGGGGAUACCGUUGCCAAGGAGAGCCAUAGCAACGGUCUCCAGGGAGUCUUACCUGUCAUUCCUUAGUUGUUUUAGGGACCAAAAGACCAAACAUUUUUAUUGCUGAGGACUUGUAGCUCUAAUAUACUCGGACCACUGCAUCUCUUUCAGUCAGUGUUAACUGGUUGAGGAGUUGCACUUAAAAGAAGUGUACAUUUCGAAUAUAUACAACACAUGUAUAUAUACAUAUAUAUUGCUGAUAUGCUUUUUUGAAUACAGGCAAAACUAUUUCAGACGACCAAAUGAGGUCUCUCACUUCGCUAGUUUACAAUUACUCAAAAUGUUUAUUUUUUUCUCUUCUCAUUUUGUCUCGGGAGGGAUGGCGAGUGCAUGGGAGGGGCUGCUCCGUAUCACAGCCUUAUCUUUUUUAACUUGACAUCCUAACCUCAUAGAUAGAAUAACAUCAGAAACGUUUGAAAUAUAUGAACUUGUUUAUAUUUGCAGUACAUAUAUAUGUAUAACAAGCAUUCAAGCAAAUGUAUUCAUAUAUACAGGAUAUAUGGAUAAAUAGAUAUUAAUCACAAACAAAUAUAUGUAUUUAUAUGCACAUAUUUUAUAUAUGUGUGUGUCUGUAUAUAGAGCGGCUACUGACUAUGUUGAGCUGUAAUUUUUUGUAGAUUUUAGCUGGAGUUUGAAACAUUGCUCUGCUUGGGAAGAAUCGCAAAUCUGGCAGCUCCCAAAAACUGCAGGCAUUCCUAUCUCUGAUAUAUGCUGACACACAAUAUAUUGCUAAAAAGAUAACAUGUGUGAGAAAACACACACAUAUGGUGUAAAUAUUAUCUGAAAAAUGCAAAAAGCCACAUCUCAGUAGCAGGCUUUAAGAGAAUCAGGCUAAAUGAUUUUAGAGGAAAAGGACAAUUAUCUUCGACUCUAUUCCAAACAUAUCUUUUGAGCUUACACAUACGCACACACACACACACACACACACACACACACACACACACGCACACACACACACACACACACACACACACACACACACAAACUUCUCUUUGAAACUUGAACCAAAAUGAAAACGUCUCACAACCCUUUGCUCUCUUUUGCAUUCAGUAAAGUGCAUGUAGCGUAUGGGGCUGUCACCAUGUCAAGGUGUGCCUUGUCACCUGCAGAAUCUGCCAUCAAGCACUGUGCUCUCAGAAAACAAAGACAAAAAAAAACUAAAACUAAACACACACUACAGCAAGCAGCCAACGCGCUAUUAUGAUGUCAAAACUACAGCCAGAUCCAUAUCAUUUCUCAGCCGCGUAGAGAGCUUCAGUGCAUGUCCGAUAUAACAAACCCAUCAGACCACUGUCGAUGUCAAAAAAAAAAAUGCAUUUAGGAUUAAUAGACUCAUGCGAUUACACUUCAGAUAAACGCGGGCAUUAGGUAACCUGUUCGCACGGGUACUAACUAUCAAAGGUGUGUGCGGGGCACCUGUGACUACGCUCCACUGGUUGGCGUCAAAAACUAGGGCGAAGUUCAGGGUUGACGUGGCGUGGCUUGAUGUGAGAUGUGAUUGAGCUCAUCGGACCUGACAUUAAGGUUUUAAUGGUCAUGAAGGUGAUGUAAUAUUGAUGAAUAUGUUAUAAUUAGAGACCUGGCUUCCCAUUGAACAGAAUAAGGGAGCUUUUAUUCCCAUCCAGCAGUUAAUGUAAUACUUGACAUGAAGCAUAUCCUUUAGAAGAUGUUAUAUUGCCUUAUGUUAUACGUCCACCUCAUACGAUCAAAUAUACACAUAAAAAGCAUAACGAAACUGUAAAAUGAAGCAAUAAGAGUGAAAAGCCAUUUACCCAUUACAACUGCUGUAUCACCGAGGCUGGUUUCAUAUUGCUUUAGCAUACAGUUUCACAGUCUACAAAAACGGUAUGAACAGCUACUAUAUACCUGCAAAAGGUCAACAGACUUGGAUUUAUUGGAACCCGCAUUCAACACAUAUUCAGCUGGUGGAGAUUACUCAAUGAAUAUUUAUAUAUAUGAAUAUUUAUAAGGCUAUAUGACACUUUGGAAGACAAUGCUUCCUGUUGGGUGCUGUUACUAGUUUCUCCUAUAAACUGCUCAUUAUGCCAUUUCCCUAGUGUCUGUGUCUAACCUUUUAAGCAGAUUGAAUAAUUUAACAUUUACCUUCCAAAUCCAGCGAGGCUAAAAGACGCCACUACACAUCCCAGGACGCCACUGUUUGUAUAUGUGCCACAUAACACUGUGGCGUACAGUGCAAAAGCCAGAUGACCAUCACGAUCAUUUUUUGCUCCGACGGUAUCCGCGGUUGGUUAGUACAAAACGUCUUGUACAUCCACCUGAGCUGCCUUUGAGCCAACAAUAACAUCUGAAGCUAAAUGUCAUAUGUCUGGUGUCCCUGAUCGCCACACUGUGUGCCCUCUCUGACUGCCCCUCGCUGCUCUGAGAAAAUUGAAAAAAGGUGUCGACGCGGUCUGUGCUUUUCUAAUGGUUUGUUUGAGCAAUCACUCAUGUCUUUCACCUACAGCCCAUGUUUUCAUGUCGAGUGAAAUGAGGGAGGGGAAGCGGAACGACCACGGGGAACUAGAACGCCAAGCACCUCUUCUUCAUUUGCUCCAACUUUUAAGCUGCAAGUUUACAUGAGAAAAAGCAAAACAAAAGUGGUUCAAAAACAACAAGAAACAGAGCAGAAGUUUGAAUAUAAAUAUAUAUAUAUAAAUAUAUACAUAAACCGAUGAAUAUACUGUAAAUUGUUUCUUUUUUUGCUGUUUUCCUCUGUACAUAGGUUUGCAUAUUUUAUAGGACUUUUACUUCUAUCUACAAGGACUGGAUAAAGUACUUUAAAUACUUAAAAAAAAAAAUAUAUGAAUGAAAACAUGAUAAUGCUCAAUAAAACCAGGUACAAAAAAUUAAAAAAAAUAGUCGCUAGGAUACGGUACAAACUGUAGGACCUGACCAAGGCAUUUAUCCAGAAUACAGUCAGGGAGAGCAUUGACCUCAGUUAGAGCUUAGACACACAUUGACCUAUUUUAUAAAAAAAAAAAAAUACUUUGAUGGGUUCUAUUCAUUUAUCUAUUUGUUUAGAUAUUUAUUUAUAAGUCAUGUCUGAGAUAAUAUGCAUGCUUUCAUGGCAUUAUUUUUCUAUGAGUUGGUACGUGACCAAAUAGUUUUUAUAUGACAUGCAUGGGCCACUGUUGUGGUCCACAGAUGAUCAUUGUUCCUGUCUGCAGGACCAUGCCUUCAGCACUUCUUUGAUGAUGGGGAACAAAUGCUCCUAUUGACCAAGUGAUGUCAAAGACAGAUUUUUAAUCAUUUAUUUAUGUUAUUUAUUUAUUUAUUUGUGUAUUUAUUUAUUCGUGCUGUUUGAGUCAAGAUCUGAGCUCUCUUAAUGCCACUGAUCUGCUUGCUUGUAAGUACUACUUUGUGUCACCGCAUCACCACUUUAAGUAUUGGCAAACUCUGAAUUUAACAACUUCAAAGACUGAUUUUUACAUUCUCCUGUUGCUGAUAAACUAUCCAAAACAAUGCAGUACAGUACUAAAGCCUUAUGUAUAUUUGUAAUUAUAAAAUUCAUAUUGUUCUGUUCCAAAAAAAGUUAGCUUUGUUAAAAGAUUGUUAAAACAAGAUGCCAAUCGGAGGAUUCCUCCGUCAUUUUGAGUACCGUUUGCUUCCAUUCCUAAACCUUUAAACAAAGUGAAAAAGGGCCAAUUCCUAGUAAAACAUUCCCUCAUAAACCAACUGUUCAAUCAGAUAUGUAAUCACAACAUAAGAUAUGCCUUGAGGUCACUAUAAGUUGCUGCUAACAUGUAAGGAGCUAAUGUCUGAUGGAUUUCAAAUCACUGAUUAACUGCCUGCAUAAAACGCCAGUUCUGAUUUGUAAAACUUUAUUCCCCUCCUCCUCUUAAUCCCAUCUUGCUUUGUGUUGUUUGACAGAGCUCUGAUCUUGUUCAACUGAUGUGUUCUACCAAGAGCAAAAUUCAAUGAAGACUGCACUAUCUCAUCAAAAACAACUGAGUUACUAUCAUUCCUUUCAGUGCUGUUAUCAGUGGGUUUAUUUCUAAAGCUCAGUAGUGUUGCUAGAAUCACAUUUUCCUUCAUAUGGUUUUCAAAGUAUUCUGGAAAUCUAUUUCCCAAUGUCAGCACAUACGGAGGGUGGGGAAAUGAAUGUUGCAUAUUAAGCUUUGCCGGGUUCCUGAUGAGCUAAGCUUCUGAUUGGGCAGUGCGCUUUAGGCUCCCGCCCCUGUCUCUCCAGACUGCACCAUUCUCUGGUCCCCUGAACUCUUUUUUUGUAAUUUUAAAUGAAUGAUGCGUCUCAGCUUAGCCCAAUAAUAAAGCACAGUCUAGAAUAAA